GAGUUUUGCCAUUGGUUUCAAAGGGGAGAGGAUCGGGCUCCUAAUAAAAGACUGCCAAGGAUCUUCAACUGAUGAGAGGCAUUGCAGGAUACUACCGAACUGCAACGUUCUGAAUGUGACCAUUGUCUUUCUUUUAUGGAUCCAAACUGGACAGAGGAGGUGAACUGAAGGAAGGUGGUUUUCACCGUCCACGUGUAGCUGGGGAAUUGCUGCUGCAGUUCAUAGUACCUGAGAUCCACAAUACUGACCAAGCAAUUAUGGAAAAAAUUAAGGCCAGUAGCUGAAGAGGUCCAGGCACACAUUCCCUACUUGCACAGUUCUCUAUAGCUCUCUGCAAAGUGAGUCACUGCAGACAAGAGACGAGAUCCCCUGCCAUGGAAAACCUCUCGCUAGAAGAUUUUAGUCGAAGCCUGGCGUGAUCUCAGUAAGAAAGUUUGAUCUGCACAUAGAAGUAUUGCAAAGCUGUUCAUUGCCAACGGCUCGAAGAGGGAAAGGAGGAAGCGUUUGAAUGCCUAGGAACCUGCGGCACUUUGGAAAUUGAAAAGAAAAAUCUUGUGUGAUCUUCGCUUUGCUAAUGAAAUAGUGGCUGUAGUCUGCGCAAUCUACAGAGCAUAGAAAUGUUAUUGUACAAUGGGGUCCACCUAACCGUUCAGCGAGUGCCUAUGUUCUGUUUCAGCUGCUCCUGGAUGCUGAAAACUUGCGUGUGUGUAUCUUGGCUCGAGUUCUUAAGUGUUAAAAGUUAAUAAAUACAAAGACUAGUGUGAGAAUGUGAUCCUUCUUGCAUUAAUCUAGAUUGUCAAGAGGAUUUAAGUAAAAACUAUAAAUAAAAGUGUUCCAAGUGGAUACGUUUAAGCAACUGAUUUUACAUGUAGUUGUAACCUGGGUAAAUUAAUAUCAGAGAUGCCCUUUUAGGCAAUCAUUGUGUAGGUCAUCAUCAUAACUCUAGAUCAUAGUGAGGCUUAUAGAUAUGCAUGUACAAGAGAUAUGAAAAACUCACUGUCCCUUGAUUUAGACUGCAGUAUUUUGUCAUUAUACUUCAGAUACACUUUUUUCAAAAUGUAUGUAUUUAAUGUCAAUAUUGACUUUAUGGGAGCUAUUUCACUUGAAAAUGUUGCAGGCUGCCCUCAGUUCCAUGUCAGAUCCCAAAUGGGCAACACGUUAAGCUUCACAACCUUUGUCAGACAGUGAGUCAAGGCUGUUUAAACCAUUAACUUGAAAACAAAGCAAACGCGACCGAAAGAUCGUACUAACGUCUAUUUAGCCCAUAAGUAUAUACCGUCGCCAAGAAAUAUUUCAUGGCGAGGCAAUGACACCUCCAAAGCAGAAGAAAAUGGGCAUAUAUCCAGUGAAGCUGUAGCUGUAUAACCGCAGAUAGAUCGCGUCCCUGAAGACGUCCAUCAAAGCCUUAGCCUUAGAAAAGCUUCCCUGUUUUACCUGCUGUGGCCUGUUCAGAUAUCACGAUGUUUCCUUCUUGUUUCAUGUUUUCAUAAUAAAACUUGUCUGAACAUUGGCUCCAGUUUCUUUGAGAAGAAGAAAAAUCAACCAGUUUGUAGUAACCCUUUAAGACAUACUUCAUUAAGCUUUGGCUCUCAAAGAUAUGUUUGUGUUUGCAGGUUUUAUAUUGGGAAACUCUGCAGCACUUCAUGUUGAUUUAGACGGUUUUACUUUCUUUAACUUAGAAAAUAGCUCCCGUUGGUUAUUUUGCUCAAGUGCUGUUAACUCUUUUGUACAAGAAAGGGGCUUGGCAAGAAUAUUUUUUUUAUUACAUACCAAAUGCUUGCAUUUUCCAAAUGCUUGAGGAUAUAGCCCACAGCAUUAAUCGUCUUUACUUGGAUUUGAACAAUGUUAUGUUGUUCAUGUGCAGGAGCCACAAAGCUUUUAAAUCAUUGCGGGACUUUUUGCAUGUUUGUGCUCUGGCACUAGAAAUUCGUGAUGAAAUAUAACUUCGUUGAGUUUCUCAUCAACAAAGAACCAUUAUUUGUAGACUGUAAGUGACAAAAGAGCAACACUUUGUGUCAAAGUAAUGUCCGUUUUAUGAUGUAAAUUAUUUAAAAAAAUUAAAGACAGUUUUCUUGGGAGUACCGAUUGGUUCUGGUAUAAUGCGCAGUUAGGGUAAAGUAAUAUAACAGGCAGACUAGAAAAAAAUGACAAAUUAUUACAGUGAUUAAUAAGGGAACCUUCAAUGCAGAAAACCGGAUAUCAGUGGAUUGGCCUGAUACAGGGUAGUGAAAGACACUGUAGACAUAUAAAUAGACAAGGAAUAUAAAUAUUGAAUCUGGUCUUGUAUUGUAAAGAUUAAUCGACUCAUCUAAAUAUCAAUCCUGCUGUGUUAUGGGUGUCACUGCUGGGUUGACGUCUGCAGUAGUAUCAAAAGAAAAAGACAAGACAAGCAGUUUGAAAAACUGUACUAUUGUGCUACAGCUUCUCAAAACAGUUCUCCAGCUCUAUCAGCUAAUUACAGUGCUUUGCACUGAGCCACUCUUGAGAUAAGUGCAGCUGUUUUCCUACCCAGCACCAGUGCAUAAUGUUCCAGUGUUUAUGUAAGCAAAAGCAGUGCACAUCUCUUAAGGAAGAUCAUUUUUAUACAUUUGUGGAUUUUCUCAAUUAUUUUUUCACAAAAUCCUCCAGAAGGUUAUACAUUAUGAUAUCUGCUUAACAAAUAACUAAAAGUAGCAUUGUGUUCUGGAAACGCUGAGUAACUGGAAAAAAUAAGUGAGAGUUUCAUUGUAGCAUAAGCCCCAAUGGCUAGUUUAUUAUUAUUCACAGAAAGAAGGUGAUAUUAGCAUUGCAGGUGAAAAAGGAAUAAACACACUCUCCCAAGAAAUCAAUACGGAAUUCAAAAACAAUUAUUAAUGUCAUUUGACUCCUGUUCUUUACGCAUUUCUCCCGGCUACAGACACUAAACUGUCUGAAUAAUUUGCAUGUACUGUAUCUAUUUGUUAUUUGGGAACUAUUUAAGAUGCCGUAGGACACCGCUUGUUAUGAUCUAACCCAAUCCUAGAACUAGUAUUUUCAUCUGUAAAUUAAAGCAAUUACGCAGCAGAUAUUGUAUUAUGUGUACUGUGGUCUCCAGAUAGUCAUCAAUCACCCUCAAUCGAGCUGUCAGAGUGGGCAGAUUCGUUUCUGGGAGGCAGUCUUCCAGCUGGGGAGAAGAAGAGAACAUCAUCAUUAAUUAGAGUGUGACCCUGGGGCUAUUCACAUGUCUGAACCCAGGAAUCUCUCCGAGCAAGUCUUCACACCGUGGAGCAGCACGCCACUGCACCAUCAGCCACGGCUCAAGCGCAACGAGCUGUUCUCUAGUUCCUCCAAAAGGCUCACGGAUGCCUGGCUAACUUGCUGCCACAUUACACUGGCAAUUUGUUGUAGUUUUAGCAGUUUACUCCCUAUAAAUUAUUGACAAUUACUACCGCCACAGCAGAGGUCACUUUCCUAGAGAAGAUAGCCUAUGGUGACGACAGCCCAAUGCCACAUUAGCUGCUCUGCGAUGCCGUUAUACACCCACAAAAAGGACGGAACUGGGAGCCUGGGUAAAUCGAGGAGUUUGUACAGAUCAUGGGAAUUCGGUAUUCUGAAAGGAGAUUACUUCCCCCUGUUUAUUUACCAUGACAGAAGUAUGUCAAAAGUAAACAAGUCUCUUCUGCAUGGGCUUUCAACAAUAAAGUUUCACAAACAGGAUUAUUAGAACUGUAGGGCAGUGUCAGAAACUGCAGCGCUGCACAGAGCGGGUAAAAUGGUUCUGCCUUUUGCCUUUCGGUUCAGACCAGCUCCUGCAGUCCUGAUACCCGGAGCCCGGUGCUGAAGGUACCCCAGUUCCUACCUAAAUCAGCGUGAGUUGGGGAUGGUCAGCCGCAAGUGGAAUUGGGCCUUUCAUCCCCACUCAAGCAACACGCCAACUAAAUCAAAUGGGAGUAUAAUCUCAGGAGCGAAACUGAGGAAUUUGGCUCCACAGACCGAUUUAAAACACUUCUCAUGUAUAAACGGACUCUUUCUGCUCCAGAUCCGUAGUGGGGGAGCUAUUGAGAUUAACGAAAUACAGUCUAAAAGCGCUUGAAAAUAAUGAAGGGACGGAUCCUGAUAUCAUUGAAAUCAAUGGAAGUGUUACCAUUGGCUUCAGUGGGGAUAGGAUUAGGCCCUUGAUUUGUAAAAUUGUUUGAUCUGCCAUGCUCACACAAACAAUAAUGUUUAAAUUAUAUCAUCUAGGUCACCCGCCUCUGAAGGGGGGAUGCUACGCUUCAAAUAGAGUCUAAAACACCGAAGAAAGCUAUUUUAAUAACUAAUCUCAAAAGGCAGAGUUGAGGUGAUAUCAAGAGUUCUAUGAGUGUGAGUUUUCCCAGAAUAUCGGGUAAAAAGCUGCUGACUAUACAUUUUAAAUAAUUUUUGUAACCCAUAAAGACAAACUGUUCUUUGAUAAAUUCGCCAGCCAACAACAUAAACUAUCAUUCUCCGAGUCCGAUCCUGCAUUCUCUCAGCACCUUACUGUCCCAUUCACUUCAAUGCAUGAGUAAAGCAGGAUUGGACCCUAAAGAAGGUAAAAGUUGACUUUUCUAACACAAUUACAAAUAUUGAUACUGUGAUCAAAUUCUUUUCAAGGUGAACACCCAUGUCUUCAGUCAUUGCCUGGAACGUAUAUUUAUAGUGUUUUUAAAUUUAAUCGCGCAUCUGGACUAAAAGAUGCAAAAAACCCCAAAACUGCGUGCCAUGUGGUUUAUUGUCAGUGUUACUGCUAAUUUUAACUGUUGAUUAAAUCUUAAAUGAAGACUCACUCGUGUGUCUCUUCAUAUGUCUCGUUUGUAAUUGAGACUAAUUAUUGUGGUGGGGUGGGAAGAAGCAGCUGCUCAUUAAUUAAUUUCUAAUUAAAAGAGUUUGCCAUCCUUCAGUGACUAAGGGGGAAAAUCUUAGUUGGUGUAAUAUUGAUUCUUGAGAUCAAAACCAUUCAUAGUCGUCCUACAUAACCAUAUUAAAGUACUAUAAACUCAAGUAUCUGAUGUUUGAGUGCUCUCCAAACUCUGCUUUGUAUAUUCUUAACACAAACUCAAACCUACCAAAAUGAAUGUUAAACUUGCAAACGGGUCAAAUUGAGUAAACUUAAUGUAACGUCAGAGUCUCUGCUGUUUAUAAAACGUGUAUCUGAGUUGACCUGUUUUGAACUACUUUUCUUUUAUGUUCUUUUUUUCGUGUGUGCAAAAUAUUUAUUUCUGUCGCCACGUUUGUCAAUCUCUGAGUCCACAUGUAGAAAUUACUUCUAGUUUGUAGCGGUGGAAAAAAUGCUACAUUCAUUAUACAUCUUUUUAGUUAAAAAAAAGUUUAAGAUUCAUGCAGGUAAAUUAAAUAUGGUAUUCUGCUUCGUCCUAUAAGCAUCUAGGAACCUGUGGUUACCAAUCAAUUGGUACAAUAGAGCAGAGCAAGGCUGCAAUAGCGUGCAGAUCAGACGUCUCUCCUUGUUUCUAGAUAACUGGGAGCCUCUGUACCAUGUCAUAUCCUCAGUUUGGAUACCCUUACUCUUCUGCACCCCAGUUCCUGAUGACCACCAAUUCCCUGACAACUUGCUGUGAGUCUAGUGGCAGGACUCUGACAGAUUCAGGCGCUUCAGCCUCGGCUCAGACCCCAGUCUAUUGUCCUGUAUACGAAAGCAGGCUGUUAGCCACAGCCAGACAUGAGCUCAAUUCUGCAGCUGCCUUAGGAGUCUAUGGAAAUCCUUACACAAGUACCCAGGGCUAUGGAAACUACGUUACCUAUGGUACUGAAGCCUCUGCCUUCUAUUCUUUGAACAGUUUCGACGCGAAGGAUGGGAGUGGAUCUGCGCAUGCGGGCAUUACCCAGGCGGCUGCCUAUUAUCCCUACGAUCACACACUCAGUCAGUAUCAAUAUGACAGAUAUGGCACCAUGGACGGAGGCACCCGAAGAAAAAACGCUACUCGUGAAACCACCAGUACACUGAAGGCAUGGCUGCAGGAGCACAGGAAGAACCCCUACCCCACCAAGGGCGAGAAGAUCAUGCUGGCCAUCAUCACCAAGAUGACCCUCACCCAGGUCUCCACCUGGUUUGCCAAUGCCCGGAGGAGGCUCAAGAAGGAGAACAAGAUGACCUGGCCUCCAAGGAACAAAUGUUCCGAUGAGAAGAGAUCCUACGAAGAGGAAGGGGAGGAAGAGUCACAGGAAGACAAUAUGAAGAACGAGAAAAACGAUGAGGCCACCAGCAAAGAAGAAAAAGAGCUGGAACUGAGUGAUUUGGAUGACUUUGACCCCAUUGAGUCGGAGAGUUCAGAAUGCGAAUUGAAACAGCCCUUCCAGCACCUGGAGAACAGCCAGAUAAGGGCAGCCGACACAUGUGCUACCGAUCAUUGCAAGGAGCCUUCUCUAAAGACGCCUAUCCCAGCGGCCACCAUUGAAGAAGACCUGGAGAGGGCUAAAAACUGUCUCAAGAAUGUGGUGGACGAAUGUGAACAAGACUUAAUCAAUGUAAGGCAGAGAAGCUGUGAGUCCAAAAUGUGUUUCCAGCAGGGGCAACAAAUAUUGGAGACAAAGCCCAGGAUUUGGUCCCUGGCUCACACCGCCACUUCUCUAAACCAAACUGAGUAUCCUUCCUGCAUGCUGAAACGCCAAGGAGUCUCCGCCUCCGUUGCAGUUUCUGCUCCUGUUAGUGUCAUUGACAGACAUCAGGAUUCCCCAGUCACCAAUCUCAGGAACUGGGUGGAUGGGGUGUUUCAUGACCCCAUAUUCAGACACAGUACUUUGAACCAAGCUUUGAGCAACACAACAGUUUCCUGGGCUACCACCAAAGGAGCCAUUCUGGAAACGGGAUCUUUAGGACGCUCAAUUGGAAACAGUACUAACGUGCUAAAAGGCCAACUGUCAAACUUAUCCCACCAGGACUCAAAUAAAGAAUUUCUUGCAUUUCCCAAAUCAGGAAGCAAAAUGUUUUGUUCUUAACAACACCCCAAGUGGCAAAGAACUUUCUAACAGCUGAAGAGUGGGAUACACUGAAAAGAGAUUUGGAAGAAUUUAAAUUUAAAUAUAAUUUUUUAAAAAUAACAAAGAUAAGGAUUUAAAGUUCAGUUUGCUUAGUUAAACGGGCAGACUUUAUUCAUUGCUGUUUUGAAGAAUUUCUGUUGGCUGCGACUUUAAGGGAUCAAUGUCGUGAAAAUAAUUUAACUCCAUGUCUAAAAGCACGUACUAUAGUGUAGGCGUACUUAAAAGUUUACAUCCAAAAGUUUACAAACGAGAAAUUUAAAUUCUGAUAUUUAAUUUAAGGCAUGCCAAUAUUAGUUAUAAAGACUUCUCAGAUUUUUUCCUUCUGAUUUCAUUGUUACCAUAUAAUUCACAAACGGCACUUAUACCAAGUUUACACUAUUGCACAAAUUUACCUUGACAAAUAUGUUAAAAAAGUAUGUUCACUCCAAUAAAUUGUCUGUUUCAGAAGUAAAAAUUAGUGGUGGCGUUUUGCAUUACAAAAUAAAUAUGUUCCAGUUUUAGAAUGUGUGUUCAUAGAUGUUCUAGUAAUUUAAAGAAAUGUCAAGAUGAUUGCAUUAAUACUAGAAAAAGUUCAU